UGGGCGCGUGUAGCGGUCGCAAUGUAUAUUAUUGUGUUUAUUUUGUCUAUAAUUGUUUUUGUAUACGGGGACCCCGGGAAGGCGCCGCUGGUGGUACUCAACGAUGGUCACACGAUGCCCACGAUCGCUUUGGGGACCUGGCUGGGCAACAGCUCCACGGGUCGAAUCGUCCCAGUUGGGUACGAGACAGAGCAAGCCGUGAUGUGGGCGUUCGAAGCAGGCUACAGACACAUCGACACCGCCUGGACCUACCAUGUGGAAGACCAGGUCGGGCGCGCAGUGAAGACCGUGGUGGACGCUUAUAACCUGCUGCAUGAGGUCACCACCACCCCCGAGGUCUGUGACGCCAAGUGCUACGUGAAAAGGUUCAAAAAGAAACUAGAGAGAUCGAGCAACAGCAUGGUCCCUCCUGUGUCGCGAGAGGAGAUAUUCGUCACAACCAAGCUGUGGAACGACGCGCACGCGCGCCGCGCGGUGGUGCGCGCGCUCAGAGCGUCGCUCGCGCAGCUCCGGCUCAGCUACGUCGAUCUUUACCUCAUGCAUUGGCCAUUAGGACAGUUUGCAAACGGGUCGUACGACUCCACACACUACGUGGAAACCUGGCAAGGCAUGAUGGCCGCGCGGGCGCGCAACCUGACGCGGUCCAUCGGCGUCAGCAACUUCAACCAGGACAUGCUGGAGAACAUCAGGAUGCACCAGCUGACCACGCCAGCUGUACUGCAGAUCGAGUGGAACAUCAACCUGCAGCAACCCGAGCUGCUGGCCUACUGCCGCCAGCAUAACAUCUCCGUGAUGGGUUACACGCCGUUCGGCGCGCUCAUGAACAAGCAGCGCGCCGACUCCCCCACUCGCAUCGACGAUCCACAGCUGACCAAGAUGGCUGCCAAGUAUGGCAAGAAUGUGCCGCAGAUCCUACUGCGAUACGCUUCUACUGUGCCGUCAGCACACCAUCUCCGUGACGGGCUACACGCCGUUCGGCGCGCUCAUGAACAAGCAGCGCGCCGACUCCCCCACUCGCAUCGACGAUCCACAGCUGACCAAGAUGGCUGCCAAGUAUGGCAAGAAUGUGCCGCAGAUCCUACUGCUAUACGCUGUGAGUUAGUUUAUAAAUCCAUAUUUUCAGUGGAUCGUGCAGCAUCCAGGGCUGGUAGUCUACUGUGCCGUCAGCACACCAUCUCCGUGACGGGCUACACGCCGUUCGGCGCGCUCAUGAACAAGCAGCGCGCCGACUCCCCCACUCGCAUCGACGAUCCACAGCUGACCAAGAUGGCUGCCAAGUAUGGCAAGAAUGUGCCGCAGAUCCUACUGCGAUACGCUGUCGAAAUGGGGGUAACCCCGAUCCCAAAGUCCAUAACCAGCAGUCGAAUUUUCGAGAACAUCGACAUUUUCGACUUCCAUCUCGACGAGAGCGACAAACGGACGCUCCGGGGCUUCGACCGCGGCUACAGAACCGUGCCCCAGCUCAAGUGGAGGGACCACCCCUUCUACCCAUUCGAGAAAAUGCCAGAAAACAGUACCACCACCACUGCCGCAAGUAUAAGUACUGUAAACACGGAGGCAAGUAAGCAACAAGUGAUUUCCGAAGUUGAUAUUAACGAUAAAACUGCUAGAAUGAGUUUUAGGGAUAUAAAGAUAUAAUAAAUACCUAUGUAUAUUAAACAUUGAUUUAUCGAACUGAAAGAGAAUUUCAUAAAAACAUGACACGAGUGCAUCACGAGUGUUUUAUUUUUAUUUUAUUUGUGGAAAACUCUUGCGGGCAUACAGCAAUACGCAAUGCAAUUACGUACAUAAUACAUAUAUUGCUUUACACUGCUUUAUAGUAUAAUAAUGCGCCAUGUAGCGUAGUAUUCUCGGCGUGAAGUUGACCGUUCGCAUCAGAAACACUGUACGCUCCAAUACCCAAAUAGCUGAUGUGGCUGAAACAGCCGCCAAGCUGUUGGGCAACAACAACCAGGUCCCACAUCACACCCGGGGUCGCGACAAACCUCGAAGGCGUUGGCGAGAUGACCUCGACGCCUUUGGCAGGAACUGGUGGGAGACGGGCCAAGACCGGGAUACGUGGAAAGGGAGGAGGGAGGCAUUUGCCCAGCAGUGGGACAAUCUAGGCUCAUAUAAAUAAAUAAAUAUAGUAUAAUAAGGUCUCUAUAUAAUGUGUUCAGGAAUCGACCGCUAUUGCGGCACUUGACACAUUCAAUGAAACGUCAUUCCGCCUGAUACUUGAAAAGAGGUCAAAUUAAAUUUAGGUUUAUGAUAGGUAUGUGUAGAUUCUUCAGAUAAAUUAUUACCAAGAUAUGAUAUUUUCUGUAAUAAAUAUAAAAACGUUUCGGAAGAAAUACAUUUUUUAUGUCCACUGAAAAGCUUGUUAGAAAUAAAUAAAACACAUAAUAUUUGGCACAUUUUUAUUGUUGAACAAUAAACAAUGUAUUUUUUUAUUACAAUUUUAUUCUCUUUCUAGUAAAUUCGAUACCAGAAGUUGCGUGUGCAAACGAGAACCUUCAAGACAAGCGGAGAAUUCUCGAGACGACUCGAGAACUUUCUAGAACUAAAGAACUCAAAUGGUAACUCAAAAUAAAUAAAAACACAGGAAUAUGACACCUAUUUUGUGAUUGAAAAUAGUUAUUUACGAUACAAGUGCGGAAAAGAGGAAAUUACCUAUUUGCACGUGUAUCGUAUACAACGUUUUACAGUACAUAUGGCCCUUUAAACUUUUGACCUCGCACGAAAAGUGCUAUUUUACGCACUAGUGCGGGAAAAUAAGACAAUAUGUAUGUAAAAUAAUUUUAUAAGUACAUUUGGUUUUAUGCUCUAAUUGUCUGCCAUAUCACAGACAUAUUAAUAAAAUAGAAAAUCAAAUGUAUCUUCACUAUCUAUCAAUCACAAACUAUAAGUAUACCUAAAAUGUAACAAAUAUAAUUAAAACAAUCUUAAAUAUUAGACUACUUAUGUGUCUAAUGACAAACUUCAUUAAUUCUUAAGAAAAGUCGAGAACGUCCGAGAAUUAUCUCUAAAAUUCCCCGAGUCGGCACGAGAAUCCUCCUUAACAACCAAGUAGAAUAAAUGCCAACCAAGUCUUCAUUUAUCUAAAAAAAUACAACCUCACUUAAGUUUCGUAGUCCAAUAAAAUUUCGUAGAAAAAAAAU